GCCUUAAACGUUAAAGACGAAGAAGAAUAACACCAGAAGAAGAAGAGGACAUGAAACACAUGAUAAGAUGAACUACAGGACGCUGUUUUUACAUCUUCUAAUGGUCAGACAGUCGAGAAGCUAACGGGUCACCAUGUGGAGUUACUCGGUGAGGUCGUUGCUAUGGAGAUCAAAGGUCCUCCGCGCAGCUCUGUGGGUCACAUCCAGACAGCACGGCUCCUCCUCCUGUGUCGGUGGGUCAGGUAGGAAGUGGAUCACACCUGCAGGGUUCGACUCGGGUUUGAAGACCUACAACAGCCUGACCAAACAGAAGGAGCCUCUCAUCCUGGCCCGGGAGGGAGUCGCCACCUGGUACAGCUGUGGACCAACCGUAUACGACCACGCCCACCUGGGCCAUGCAUGCUCUUACGUCAGGUUCGACGUCCUGCAGAGGAUCCUGUCCAGGUUGUUUGGAAUCACCGUCCUCCACGCCAUGGUCAUCACAGACAUCGACGACAAAAUCAUCAAGAGAAGCUGGGAGGAGAACGUUUCCCCAGCUGUCAUUUCCUCAAUGUUUGAGGAGGAAUUCAAGAAGGACAUGCUGUCGUUAAAGGUGAUUCCUCCUGCAGUGUACCUGAGAGUCACCGAGAACGUGCACCACAUCGUUGCCUUUAUUCAGCGGAUCAUCCAAAACGGACAUGCGUACACCACAAAAGAAGGGGAUGUGUUUUUUGACAUCCGGUCCAUCGGCGAUCGCUAUGGAAAGUUUGUGGGAGCUGUGGAGUCUCAGGGAGAAGCUGGCAGCGCAAACAAACGAGACUCGAGGGAUUUCGCUCUUUGGAAGCCGUCCAAACCUCAGGAGCCGUUCUGGGAAUCUCCGUGGGGCAGAGGUCGACCGGGCUGGCACAUCGAGUGCUCGACCAUCGCCAGCUCAGUGUUUGGGAGUCAGCUGGACGUCCACUCCGGAGGCAUCGACCUGGCGUUCCCUCACCACGAGAACGAGGUAGCUCAGAGCGAAGCCUAUCAUCAGUGUGAACAGUGGGCAAACUACUUCCUCCACUCGGGUCAUUUACACCUGAAAGGCAGCGCAGAGAAAAUGUCUAAGUCUUUAAAGAACUACGUCACCAUCAAGGAUUUCCUGCAGUCGUACUCGGCCAACGAGUUCCGGAUGCUUUGUCUUCUGACUAGAUACAGAUCAGCCAUCGACUACAGCGACAGCAGCAUGUCGGAGGCUCGCAGCUCUCUGGAAACCAUCACGACGUUCAUCCACGGCGCCCAGGCCUACAUGAAGGGUCAGCUGCAGUGUUCACCUGUACAGGAAGCCUCCCUGUGGGAAAGGUUGGCUGAGACUAAAUCCAGCGUGCUGAAAUCUCUGGCGGACGACUUCGACACGCCGAGAGCCGUCAGCGCCGUGAUGAAUCUGGUGUAUCACGGGAACCGCCAACUGCAGCCGGUUUCAAAGUCUGAUGGAGUCGUUCGGAGUCCUGGUUUUGCCGCCAUGAUCAGCUACAUCCGAGAUCUCCUGGACGUGUUUGGGAUCGACCUGCAGCACAGGAAGGAGUCGGACUCGGAGAGCGGCGGCGGCGGGAGUCUGGAGGCCGUCGUGGAGCAGCUGACUCGAUUCAGGAGUGAAGUCCGAGCGUUCGCCCUCACGCGUCAGGACGCUCCGACCGUCGGAUCCUCCAAAAAACCAGGACUUUACCCGGAUAGAAUCCCCCUCCUCAAAUCCUGCGACACCCUCAGAAACGACCUGGCUCCCCUCGGCGUGCUAAUAAAGGACCGAGGAGCAACAUCAACGUGGGAGAUCACGACGGGGAAACAGAGAGACGAUGAAGAGCACGACGCGUCCAGCUGAAAUCCACCUCUCACCUCAAAAACAGACUUUUCUCAAGACUCGAUGAAAACACAGAAACAAGGUGUAAAGACUCCUGACGCUCAAUUCUCUAAUAAACUUAAUUAAAAUUGACA